AUGCUUCUGAUUUCUCCACAGCUUUGCAACUAUGCUAACUACCCUGUGUUUAGUGUUCAGCGUCGUGUGACGCCCGCUAUCCACAGACUUGAGGAUGACAACAACUACUAUGUGGUAUUUGAACAGACAUGUCAAAGACCCUUCUUUGAGGACUACGAGUUUGAGAUCCGUGGCAGAAAGCUGCUUGUGAGCUGUGACAAGGAUGACUUCUAUAAAGUGCUCGACAUGCCCGAUGACGCAGAUUUGAGACGCGAUAUAGACCUGCGCUGGGUGAACGGCGCACUGCUGGUAGCCAUUCCGAAAAGAAGACCAAUCAGAAUCUCCUUCAACGCCUUCGACGACUCGUUCACGACAUCGCCUGUAUCUGUUCGCAAAGGAAAACACAGCCGUUCCACAAAGAAACACACAGAGAUCUUAUCGGAGCCAGAGCAACCAGAACACGUGAAACGCAUUCCUAUCGAGACCCCGCAAGAAGAGAAGAAGCAGACAGUGUCCGAGUUAAGUAGGCCAAGUAGGCCAGUGGCACGUGUGCCGAGGGAAAUCAUACAUCCAGAAGCAGACCUGAAGAAAAAUUAUACCACUAUGGAGCGUCACACAAGCCUCGCCCCAAAAACUUACUCGCCUACCAUUGAGGACGUUGCCGAUGAAGAAUUUGCUUAA